CAUUAUUAUUUUUUUUUUAAAACAGAUUUCACCAAGAAGUUAUUUCCAGAAAAGGAUGUUUGUGAAAAAUAUUUGUCUCAAUUUCAGACAGUGGAAAAAAGUGAAACCAACAAUGGGGAUACCAUUUUCAGAGAUGGAUUGCAGAACAAGCGUGAAUUUGAGAGAAAAGAGGAACAUCAGAUGGGAUGCAUUAGUCAAAUGAUAAUCCAAAACCAAAUCUCUCUUCCUCUACAAGAGAAAAUUCAUCCUAGAGAGAAACCAUAUAAAUGUAAGGAAUGUAAGAAGGCCUUUAGACAACAGUCUUACCUUAUUCAACAUAUGAGAAUUCACACUGGUGAGAGACCUUAUAAAUGCAUGGAAUGUGGAAAGGCCUUCUGUCGAGUGGGAGACCUUAGAGUACACCAGACAAUCCAUGCUGGAGAGAGACCCUAUGAAUGUAAAGUAUGUGGGAAGGCCUUUAGACUUCACUAUCACCUUACUGAACAUCAGAGAAUACAUUCUGGUGUGAGACCCUAUGAGUGUAAGGAAUGUGGGAAGACCUUUAGUCGAGUUAGAGACCUCAGAGUACAUCAGACAAUUCAUGCUGGGGAGAAACCCUAUGAAUGUAAAGAAUGUGGGAAGACCUUUAGACUUAAUUAUCAACUUGGUGAACAUCAAAGAAUUCACACUGGUGAGAGGCCCUACGAAUGUAAGGUUUGUGGAAAGACCUUUAGGGUACAACGACAUAUCAGUCAACAUCAGAAAAUCCAUACGGGUGUAAAACCCUUUAAAUGUAAUGAAUGUGGGAAGGCCUUUAGUCAUAGUUCAUACCUUGUCCAACAUCAGAAAAUUCAUACUGGUGAGAAACCCUACAAAUGUAAGGAAUGUGGUAAGUCCUUCAGUUUUUAUGCAGAACGUACUCGACAUCAUAGAAUUCAUACUGGUGAGAAACCCUAUGCAUGUAAAGACUGUGGGAAAGCCUUUCGUCUUCGAACAGAACUUACUCGGCAUCACAGAACUCAUACUGGUGAGAAGCCCUAUGAAUGUAAAGAAUGUGGGAAGGGUUUUAUUUGUGGCUACCAACUUACUUUGCAUCUGAGAACUCAUACUGGUAAUGUUCCUUAUGAAUGUAAGGAAUGUGGGAAAACCUUCAGUAGCCGCUAUCAUCUUACUCAACAUUACAGAAUACAUACUGGUGAGAAACCCUUCCUGUGUAAGGAAUGUGGGAAAGCCUUUCGUCUUCAAGCUGAGCUUACCCGGCAUCUCAGGAUUCAUACUUGCAAGAAACCUUAUGAAUGUAAGGAAUGUGGGAAGGCUUUUAUUCGUAGCAGUCAACUUAUUUCACACCAGCGAAAUCACACUAAUGAGAAUACCUAUGAAUGUCAAGAAUGUGGGAAGAUUUGUAGUCGUCGUUAUAAUCUUAUUCAACAUUAUAAAAUUCAUACUGGUGAAAAACCCUAUGAAUGUAAAGAAUGUGGAAAGUCCUUUCGUUUUCAGACAGAACUUACUCAACAUCACAGAAUUCAUACUGGUGAAAAACCUUAUAAAUGCAAAGAAUGUGGGAAAGCCUUUAUUCGUAGCAAUCAUCUUACUCAACAUUACAGAAUUCAUACUGGUGAGAAACCUUACGAAUGUAAGGAGUGUGGGAAGACCUUUAGUCGUCACUAUCGUCUUACUCAACAUUACAGAAUCCACACUGGUGAGAAACCCUACGCCUGUAGUGAGUGUGGAAAUGCUUUUAUUUGUAGUUAUCAACUUACCUUACAUCAAAGGAUUCACUCUGGUGAGAUUCCAUAUGUAUGUAAGGAGUGCGGGAAGACCUUUAGUCGUCGGUACCAUCUUACUCAGCACUUCAGACUUCAUACUGGUGAGAAGCCUUAUGAGUGUAAGGAAUGUGGGAAUGCCUUUCGCCUUCAAGCAGAACUUACCCGACACUAUGCAGUUCAUACUGGAGAGAAACCUUAUAAAUGUAAGGAGUGUGGGAAGGCCUUUAAUGUCAAUUCAGAACUUACUCGACAUCACAGAAUUCACACUGGUGAAAAGCCUUAUAAGUGUGAAGAGUGUGGGAAGGCCUUUAUUCGUAGUGACCAGCUUACUUUACACCAGAGAAGUCAUACUAGUGAGGAAACACUAUGCAUGAUGUAGAGGAUACAAUGGGUUCUUGUAAAUGCCUUUUACAUCGAGGAUUCGUAAUGUAUUUUUACAUAUUAGGGAAUAUGUAGGAAUCACUUUUGCUUCAUAUUUACAAAUUAUUUUACAAUGUAGGUUUUUAAAGUUUAAAAACCAUAACAUCACUCAGUCUUGGUUCAGGUUUAGCAGAUUGAUUCUGGCACAGUGCAGCUCAAGCCAUUGAGAACUUUUUCCCCCUCACAAGCUGAUGUUGAGCAGUACUUCUGUAAAGUGCAAGAACAUUGGUUUACAGGGGGACGGGGAGGAAAUGGAAAGGAACACUAUAGAAGCUCCAUUUUUCUUAUUUAAAGCCAUAAAUCAUCUGUCAGAUUGCUAUAAAUUUCUAAACGCUUGCUCCCACUGUCUGGCCCUUAACUCAUUGUAGGCCAGAAGCAAACAAUUCGUCCACAUGGUCCACACUUUUAGAACUAGAACAGAAGAUGAUUGUUGAUGAAAUGAGAGUAGGAAGGACUUCAGCCAUAGCACAUCAUUGUUCUAAGUCAUAAGUUCACUUCUGCCUGUGCAGAAGUUGGUAAGACUCUUCCCUUCUGUGCCUCAGUUUUAAAAUGGUAGUAAUAGUAUCUACCUAGUAGUAUUUUUGUGAGGAUGAAAUAAAAAUGGGAACUUUUAGAAGAGUACUUGAGAAAGCAUGUGCUUAAUAUUACUGUUCUUAUUUUGUUAUAUUUAAUUGUAGAUGGACACAAUACCUUUAUUUCUAUGUGGUGCUGAGGAUUGAACCCAGUGCCUCACAAGUGCUAGGCAAGCACACUGCACUGAGCUAUAGGCACAGUCCCUACUAUAUUAUUUUUAUCACUAAUGGUACCAUUAGUAAAUUCACUUAAAAGGAAUACUACAUGGGUGAACUUAAAAACCACACAUUACCUUUCAUUCAAUAAAUGUGAAUAACCAGAUAAAAUCCAGUAAAAGAGAGUGAACUUCUAUUUCCAAAGGCAGAGCUCAUCUUUGAAAAUAGGAAAAAGAAAUCUCUAGAUUUCAUGAAUGUAAAGAUGACAAGAGUAAAGAUUUUAAAGAAUCAGGAAAGCUGUAAUGCCUUUUCAUGACCCAAAAACAAGAUAUGCUAUAAUUUAUAAUUUCUUCCCAUUAAUUGGUAAAUUAGAAGCUACCAAAAGACUACUGUUCAUUCAGAAAAAUUAAGAUAGUAUAGUGACCCCUGGUGUGUCCUCACCAUGUUCAGUAGUAAUUAAUAUAUAAUUUGCUUUAUAUCAAUAUGACAUUUACACCGUCUUUGUUGUAAUAUUUGAAUAUAAAUGGAUGUCAUGACACGUCAACCUUUCAAGAGUAAAAGCUGCCUUCUACUUAAUCACUACAUAGCUUCACAACUAAGGAGAUUAAUUAUUCUAUAAUCUCUAACAUUCGGUCUCUUUUUUCUAUCGUGGAACAGUUCAAGAGUAGCCCUUUUCCCCAAUGUUAUCACAUUGACUUUUUUCAAAGUUUAGGAUAGUUGUGUAGAAUAUUAUAAAUUUUUUUCUCAUUGUUUUUUCAAAAUAUUUUUAAUGUGCUCAUUUAUCCCCACUAUUUCUCACGAAUCGAAGUUAGAAUUAGAAACUCAGUGAGGUUCAGAUUAAAUAAUUUGACAAGAAUACUUAAUAGGUGAUAUUUGUAUUGCAGUUGUAAUCCAUUAGUUGGUGUACAGUGUCACAGCACUACAUUGUCCUUCAUUGAUUCACUUGAUGCAGCAGAUUGUACUUUCCAAAGAGCUCUACACCAGUGCAUCCCGUUCUAUAUGCUAACCUUACAGUGUGAUAUUGCACUCUCCCGUCAAGAGGUAGGAUCCAUGUUCUUGCCUUUGAAUCUGGGCAGGCAGUCCUGUGUUUGUGGCAGAAGUGACACUACAUGAGUCCCAAGACUAACUCACAAUAGGCAAUAUAGCUUCUGACUAAUAUACUUGGGAUGCCAGACCCUAGGAAAGGUCCAGAUAACAGGUUCUGAUUAGAGUCCUGAUUUAUAUUCCAGACAACAGCCCCAUCAGGCACCAGGUAUAUGAGUAUGUACAACCUUUAGAUGAUUCUAACCCUUAGCUUUCAAGCCAGCCCAACUGGUACCAAGUGGAACAGAGACAGCAUUCCUCUGCCUGCCCAAAUUGCAGAUGCAUGAGUGAAAUAAAUAUUGCUUUAAGACACUAAGUUUUGGAACAGUUUGUUACACAGAAAUAGAUAAUUAUCAUAUAAACCAAGCAAUUCAAUUACCAUGUUUCUUUGCUUUGGCACACUUGAAAAUGAUGAACUUUGAAGGUAUGCCCCAACACAUAGAUGCCCUCAGCAAAGGGUGGAGAGACCUACUGGCUCAAGACACUGGAAGAAAUCUUAUAUAAGAUAAAAUAGCUUUUAAAAAGUCACUAAAGACAAAGAGGGACAUUAUUUAAUUGAUAAAAGAGUAAUCCCCUCAGUAAAAUAAAAACAAUUAUGGAUAAAUAUGCCCCUAACAAGACACCACAUACAUGAAACAAAAAUUUGGAGGUAAAAAUAGUUAAUAAGAUGGAGAUUUCAACUCCCUAUUCUCAAUCAUUUAAGGAAAUCCAGCAAGGAUAUAGAAGACUUAACAUUCUUUAAACAAUAUGCUGUAGUCUAUAGGUCAAAAAUUUUAAUGAAGACCUAAGUAUAUUCUCUGAUCACAAUUACAUAUCACUAACUCAGGAAAUUUGGUUAAUUUAAAAAAUAUUUUUGAAUUUCCAAAAACAUUGCUAAGUGAAUCAAAGAACACCAUGUGAACAAAAGGAAAGAAAAUGAACAAUUGGAAAAUAUUUUGAAUGAAUAUGAAAAAAAAAUCAGCUUAUGGGAGAAGUAAUGGGAAGUUGAGUUUGGAAUCAAAAGACUGAGAAAACAGCUA